UUGAAAGUAUCACUUUUUUGGGUGUCACUUUUUCGGAAAUUCUUAUAUACUCUUGCAUUACGGUUCGUUAACGGAAAUCACGAUGAAUCAAAUUCUCCAACAAUUGAAGACGAGCUUCAGAAAAACAUUUCUAUUGAUGGUGAAACUGUUGUUUGCGAUAUUAUCGAUACAAAUGGCCAGGAUGAUUUUAAGGAAUUAAGAUCACGUUAUUUAGACCAAAGCGAUGCCUUUGUGAUCGUUUAUGCAGUUGAUGACAAGUCUUCUUUCGAUUACAUUAGUGAGCUUUAUGACGAUAUCGUCCGCAUAAAGAAGACUCAGAAUCCACCAUGUGUCAUAUUUGCAAACAAAUGCGAACUUCCAGCACCACAUGCCAUCCCAAUUGAAGAUGCUAAAGCCAAAUCUUCUAGCUCAUGGAACAACACUGAAAUUAUUGAAGUUUCAACCAAUCAAAAUGAUAACAUUAACAAAGGCUUCGAAAAAAUCUGCCGCCUUGUUUUGAAACAGAAUAAUUCUAAGGAUGGAAAGAAGAAGGAAGAAUCUGAGGAUUCUAGUAAUGGAUGCUGCGAAAUUCAAUAA